UCAACCUGUUUAUCUGAACUGGGCUGCGUCUGCACACUCACAAAGGGCAGAGCUCCGCCUGCUUUCAAUCAAUAACCUCUGGAAUUCAGAAAUACAAGUAGGUCCUCUAGUAGCGCUAGCGCAAAGCAUUCUGUGUAUUGUGGAAGCUGGGAGCCUCUGUGCCUUCCUUGCAGGUGUGGAAAAAUGGCUGAUCCGAUGUCUCCAGACUACUUCAGCUGCCCUCUCUGUGUUGGUAUGCUGAGGGAUCCUGUGGCCAUUCCCUGCGGCCACAGUUUCUGCAUGGACUGCAUCAGCAACUACUGGAACGAGGCGGACUACACGGGGAUCUACAUCUGCCCUCAGUGCCGGAUCACUUUUACCCAGAGGCCCGUGCUGCGCCCCAACACCUUGCUGACCAAAGUGGCGGAGAAGAUGAAGAAGUCGGGCCUCAACCCGACGGUUGCUGCUCCUAACAGCUACGCUGGCGCGGGCGAUGUGCCGUGUGAUUUCUGCACGGGCAAGAAGUUCAAGGCCAUCAAGUCCUGCCUGAACUGCCUGGCCUCCUAUUGCGAUAAGCAUUUGAAGCCUCACUAUGAGUCGGCCACCUUCAAGCGCCACAAGCUGGUGGACGAGCUGGGAAACUUGGACCGCAAGAUCUGUCCCCAGCACCAGAAGUCCCUGGAGCUGUUCUGUCGGACCGACCAGAUGUGCAUCUGUGCUAUCUGCACUGUCAGUGAGCACAGGGGCCACGACAUCGUCUCUGCAGAGGCUGAGAGGGGCGAGAAGCAGAAACUGCUGGGAGUUUCACAGGCAGAAAUCCGUCAGAAAUGUCAGGAAAGGAUGAAGGAACUGGACGAACUCAGAACAGCAGUGGAUUCCCUCAAAAGCUCAGCGCAGAGGGCCAUGACUGAGAGCGAGAAGCUGUUCAGUGAGAUGAUCCGGUCAAUCGAGAGGAUGCGCGCCGAGGUCACCAAGCUCAUCGGCAUCAACGAGAAGGCCGCUUUCAACCAGGCGGAGGGGCUGGUGGAGAGGCUGGAGCAGGAAAUUGAGGAGCUGAAGAAGAAAGAGUCAGGACUGAAACAACUGCACAGUACAGAGGACCAUAUACAUUUCUUACAGAACUUCAAUUAUCUCUGCACCCCUACUGAUGAUGGGGUCAUACCGCGGGUGUCACUCAACCCAGACUUCUCCUUCGGAGCUGCUCGGAAAGCGGUGGCUGAAAUUAAGGAGCGCCUGGAGGAACUGAGCAGAGAGGAACUAAUGAAGAUCUCCAAAUCAGUGAAUGAAACUCCCGUUUACACAAUGGAGAACCGGACAAGGGACAGAACCAUUAGAGCUAAAGAGAUGACCAUGGUGGAUAGUGCUCCACCUCUUGAACCAAAGAGCAGAUCUGACUUCUUGAAAUACUUCUGCCAGCUCAGAUUGGAUCCCAGUACUGCAUACAAAGAGCUCCACUUGUCUGAUGGCAACAGAAAGGUGAUCCGGACCAGAGACCUGCAGCCGUAUUCCGAGAACUCGGAGAGGUUCGACAGCUUUGCCCAGGUGCUGUGCCGGGAGGCCCUGUCAGGGGGGCGCUUCUACUGGGAAAUCGAGUGGAGCGGGGAGUUCUCCAUCGGGGUGGCCUACAAGGGGAUCAGCCGAAAAGGCAAAGGGUCCCUCUGCCUCCUGGGCUACAACGACAAGUCCUGGAGCCUGCUCUGCUCCGACUCCGGCUACUCGGCCUGGCACAACAGAGUGGACAAGGCCAUAAACGCUCCCCACUCCCCUAGGAUAGGAGUCUAUUUAGAUCACACCGCUGGGAUCCUGUCCUUCUACAGCAUUGGGGAGACUAUGACCCUCCUGCAUAAGUUUGAGACAACGUUUAAGGAGUCACUAUACCCCGGCUUUGGAGUGGGCACCUCCGUUAAGAUUUGCCAACUGAAAUGAUCGGCCUACAUUGUACCACAUGGCUCCUUUUAACUUUUUUGGAUUGCAUUUGUUUUCACAUUUGUUUUUUUAAAUUGUGAAUUUAUGUACCCAUAUGCUCUGUUAAAGAAGGCUUUGUUUCAGUAUUUUUCAUAAUUUUCCUUCAACUGUCAUCUUAUUGUCAAUACCUAAAUAUUGAAGUGUAUUUUGUAAGAUGUUCUUGACAUGCAUGUUAAAAAUUAUACAUUCCUUUAAUCUAUUUAUGAUCCAGCGCACACUUUUCUUUUUUCACUUAAGUACUAUUUUUUUAUGUUCAACCAUACCAUAUAUAAUUAAGGGAAAUGUAAUACCAGCACAACAGUAACACAGUGAUUAUUGCUUUUUUGUUGAAACAGAGCAAUAUUUUAAAUAAACUUUUCAAGAUUUAAAA